ACGGUGUCGCAUCCUCGAGCUGUUAGGUAUCCGCAACAACUCGGGAUCGCUAAGUGGUGUCCAAAUAAGGUGUGCUCCUUUUGUCAUGCGGAUUGCUCCGCUGCUCGUGUGACUUACCGCUCGAACACUUGUGCUUCUUGUUGUGCACGGAGACCAUCGCCUGCCGGAUAGCCUCCGUUGAUGCCGUGAUCAGUGCUGGAAUGGUGUCUCCCCCGGAGACCAUGAUGCCAACGGCGGCUCCAAAGCCAAAGUUGGGAUUCUCCAUCGAGUCAAUCGUGGGCAAGGACUUAUCCGCCGAAGACGUUGCCAGGGCCGACCAGGCGGGUCGUGGUGAAGAGAACCUCUCGCCGUCGUCGUGUUCCCCCAGACCUCCGAACGUUGCCAUGCCUAUGGCUACCUUCCCUCCGCUGGCGGCGGCAUACGCCGCGGCGUUAGCGGCUGAACAGCAGCAACAACAACAACAUCAUCAUCCCUUAGCCAGGCCCUCGCCGUACGUGGGGGCGCCUCCUAGUAUGCACCAGCCGGGUCUAGGUCACUUAAUGGGGCCCGGUGGACCUUUUAUGGUGUCUCGUGACCCUCAGCCCCUCUACCCUUGGCUUUUGGCGGCGAGGCAUUCCAGGUUCCUAGCACACCGCUUCGGAGGUCCAGAACCGGCAGGUUUCUUGUUGCAUCCGUUUCGGAAACCGAAGCGAAUUCGCACAGCGUUCUCGCCCUCGCAACUGCUCAAGUUGGAACAUGCUUUCGAGAAGAACCACUACGUUGUGGGCACGGAACGGAAGCAGCUGGCUCAGUCACUCAGCCUCACGGAAACACAGGUCAAAGUCUGGUUCCAGAACCGACGGACCAAACACAAACGGCAGAAACAGGAAGAAGAACACUCAUCCACACACGGUUCCUCGGACUGCAAGUCGCCGCCACCCCCCGCCAUGUCUCCAGACAUCCCCAUGGACGACUCUAGCUCAGACUCAAACGGACCCGGCGGGGUCUCUGUGUCGUGACUACCACAGUCCAGGACAGCGCGGGACGGACUUCAUAUCGGAUCAACUAUGCGUGCUUCGGGACACUGUGCGGACAUGUUGUUUAGUGAACCGAUCUUCUUGUGAACGCAUUCCUUGUGGACACUGGCACUGGAGGAAAAGGAACAGUCUGCGGCUUUGGACGUGAUUAGUGCUUUCGGGGAGAAAACCGACUGGAACGUGCGUAUGCCCUCAGAACUUUUGAAGGACAUUGGAAUUAUUCAAAUGAACUUAUACGUCAGUGAAUGAACGGCUUGUGAACAUUUGAGAACUGUGAUCGUUUGUACAUAGGAACGCGUGCAUCCAACUGAUUUGCUGUGCGGACCGCGGUCACUUGUAAAGUAAUAUAGAGACCGCAAGAACCUGUUAAGGCGGUACAACGGACUCGUAGCGUCUUUGCCGUAAUGGACAGAUCGCCAACGCUUGCAGAGGCUGCUGAGAACGCGCUGAACAAAACCUGAGGGCAAUUCGUUUUGUGAUGCUCUACACCUCAAUGAACGCCUACCAGAUAAAGAAGUGUGGAUAUUGAAAGCCAAUAAUGAUCAAAGCCCGAUCGUCAACGCAGGACUAAACAAGCAACCAGGUCACGUGGGAAAGUCAGGCGACAAAGGGAUCCUCAAAGGACAGCCGCGGACACUUGUAUCAGUUGUUCGGUACGUUGCUAUUUCACAACGUUAGGUGCCAAUGCAUGCUACCGAAACAACAUUACGGGAUCUUAAAAAAUGUUCUUGCGAAGAAAACAUACUUAAUGGUAAGAAAAAAAAAGCAGUUACGAAUAACAAAAAGCUGCAUGCUUAGGCCACUGAUCUGAAUAAGUGCGAACGAGAGACAAUCAAUCCGUUACCCUAUCAAUAACCUUUAGUUAUGACUGUGUCUCACGAAGUGCAGUCCAUUACUCGCAACGAGACUAAGAACUUGUAUCAAGAAUCUGGAUGCAAGUGGGUCAGGAUUUGUAAACACCAUCGUGGCUAUAAUAGCAAAACGUGAGCUGAGAAAUACGAAGGAAUAUGCGGUCUGCAUUGCCCAGACAGCUUUUGUUGAUGAUGUUCGUAACAAAAUGUCCCCAUCGAUCGAACCCAAUCCUCAAGCACAAAAAAAUUAACGCGUUGAAUCGUGAAGGGACGCGUUUGCAAAGGUGCAAUCCGGUCGCAGUCAAGGCAUGCCCGCUGGACAUUGACAGAACCAAAAAGAUAUGCGCGUUAUACGUUUGAAGAACACGGCGCUAUCAACGGCAUUUGACGCACUUGCAAGUGCAGAACAACUGCGUGCAUCACUGUACAUACUAUAAUUUAUAACAGUCACGCCUUCAUCAAAUCAUUAAAAAGAUGAAACAAA